AUCAACACAUGGACAUAGAAGGGCCUGCUGGGCAACUGAGGACGAAACCGAGCUCUUCAUUUGUAUUCAGCAGGUUUGAAGGAGCCUUAGUCUGACUGCAAAUCAGAAAAAAUGGCGUCAGGCUCUCAACUUGGUUGGAGAAGAUCGAAUAAAAGUGGCCAGGAGUCCGGCAGCGGGACGGCCACCGUUCUCAACAAAAAGGACUGGCAGAGGAUUCAGGAUGAGCUGAGGCUGGUGGAUAAAGAUCAGGAGCAGAAGGAGGAGGCGAGGAGGCAGAGAGAAGCGCUUCACUUGAAGUCCAAAGAGAUGGUGAAGCAGUGGCCCAACAGCUUCGCGGCUCAAAGAGAGAAGAAGUUGGAGGCAAAGAAGAUUCGGGAGCAGAUGGAGGAGGAGCAAAGAAAACUAGAUGAUCAGGAAGAGCAGAAGUACCAGGAGCAGAGGCGCAAAGAAGCUAUUGAGAAAGCAAAGACGCAACUUUACUACCAAACCGAUCGUGUCAAAGGGUUACAUAGGGCUCUGCUGCUGACGGAGGUGCUGAAGGAGAGAGAAGCUCAGAUCCACCUGAAGCAGAGAAUGAAGAACCUCACCAAAGAUAGAGACCAAGAGUAUCUGGAGAUGAUGAAGAGUAGAGACGAUGAAGCCCUUCGCCGAGAACAGGAGAGGAAGAAGGAGAGGGAGAGCGAGAAGCAGGCUGUUGUGGAGGACCUGAGGAACCAGAUGAAAGAAAGAGAGCGAGCAAAGGAGCAACAGGAACUGGAGAAGAAAAAAGAAGGGGAGGAAAUCCGACGGCUUCAGCAGGCUCACCUUCUGAAGCAGAAGACAGAGGAGGAGGCUCAAGCCAGGCUGAAGAGAGAACUGAUGCAGGCUCACCAGGAGCACAUCAGCGUCCAAAACGACAUCAAAGCAACUGAAACCCAAAACGAAAACCUGGAGGAAGAACAGAGACAACUUUUUCUGAGAGCCAAGCAAAAGAUGAUGUUGCUGAGGAAGCAGCGGGAGACGGAGCUGAGCAGAGAGGCUGAGCUGAACAGAGACAGGAUCAUGAACAAGCUGAGCACCUCACAGCAGCAGCAGCAGAUCGGUGAGGAGCAGAGGACGGCUCAAGCCGUGGCGGAGAGGGAGAUGAGACUGGCUGUGCUGCAGCGGCAGGAGAAGGAGAGGAGGGCGGCCAUGAUGGACAGCAUCGCUGCUCACAGAGAGAGAACGAGACAUGAAAAAGAGCUGGACGAGGAGCAGAGGCAGCAACAGCAGAGGGAAGCGCUGCAGGCCAAGAGGGAGGCUGCCAGGCUGCUCAAGGAGGAGCAGCAGCAGAAAGCUCAGACGCAGAGGGAGAACCUGAGGAAGAUCCAAGACUUCAACACCUCUCAAAAGGUCGAAAAACACACCCAGCACCAGCAGCAGCGGCGACACGAACAGGACUUUUUAGCUAAGAACAUCCAGCUGCAGGCUGAGGACGAGGUCCAGUUCCAGCACUACUCAGAGCAGGUUAUCCAGGCGGCGCUGGAGGCCCAGAGGAACGUGAUCCCGCUCUGCAAGGCUGCCAGAGACGGCAUGGGAGCUGGGCCCAGCCUGGGAGCGGGCGGACCCAGAUACCUGGUGCAGGAUAGCUCCGGAGCACAGCUGCCCAGACACGUCACAGACGCCACGCAGAAGGUCAGAAAGCUGAUCGAGGUGGCAGAUAUACAAGACGCAAAGAAACGACUGGGAUUCACCUGGAGCUAGAGAUGAAUAGUUAAAUCACUUCCUGGUGCUUGACUUGUCACGUGGUGGGACAGGUGAUCUGUCCAUGACGUCCCCUGACACCCGCCCCAGGUAGCUGGGACAGGCUCCAGCCCAGCCAGACGGCAUGUAGGGAAUGACACACAGGCACUCACGCUUAAUCUGAAGUAAACAGAGUUCGUCAAACACAAAAGUAAUUUGGACCAAUUUUAUGUGGCACAGGCUUAAUUACAUCAUCAUCAUCAUCAUCAUCAUCGAAUCCAAAGCCAAACCCGACUAUUACAGUAUACACACCGAAAAAAAAAACUCAGAUGAAAAGAUAAAAAACACAUAACAUGCAUUCAUUGGAAGAAAACAUUUGUCUUAUAUAAAAAUCACAUGACUUUCUGGGCCUUUCUCUAAACACCGGUGAAGGAACCGGUCAGUAAAAAAGGAGCAGGGAAGCAGAAGUGAUUCUGAAUCGACUUCACAGAUAUUAUGUUCAAUAAAAGAAAUUAAAAGACAGAAAUUUACGUGUCAUCAUGUUCCAAUGGUGGUAGAGCUAAAAAAAACAAAAAACAAAAAACAAAAAAAUGCAGACACCCGUAAACAGAAGUUUUCAGCUAAACUCCACAUCCUCAGUUUAUCGUGUUUAAAAGUGUCUUCGGAUUCCAGAAUGUUCCAGUACAGUUCAGUCGUUAUGACAAUUCUCACCCCCACGCCGCGCUUUAGAUGAGAACACAGCUAUUAAAACUAAAGUAUGGAGAAGCGCUCACAGUCAGUCGCUGUCAGAGCUGGAGCCGGAUUUAUUCUUCUGAUUGUUCUUCCUACUCUUCUCCCUGUCGCCUGGCCUCGCACCUCUCUUAUCUUUGGAGGAACUGCUUCCCCUUCUCUUCCUCUUCUCUCGGUCACUGUCAGAGCUGCUGCUGCUGCUGCUGCUACUACUAGAGCUGCUGCUGCGUCUCCUCCUGUGGUUGCCAGGUUCUCUGUCCCUUCUGUUGAAGCGUUCUCUGCUGCGCCCCCUCCCUCUGCUCCUGCUCCUGCUCCUGGACCUGGACCUGGACCGCCUUCCUCGGGUGCUUCUGUCUGGACUCCGUUUUCCUCGCUCUCUGCUUCUGGAUCGCCUCUGCCUUCUAUCCUCUUGCUCGCUAUCGUGCCGCCUUUGAGGGCUUCUGCUACGCCUCCUGCCCCCGUCUUUGGAAGCUGCUGCCCCACUCUUGUCUUGGCUGGUCGAUCGAUCACCUGCCGCCUUUUCCUUACUAUCGGGCUCAGGAUUCCGGCCUUUGCUUCCAGACCUGGCCCUCCUGUCUUCAUUUUGGUCACCACUCUUAGACCUCCUUCCUCUUCCUCCGCUCCUGCUGCGGGAUUUGACCCUUUUCUUGUCCCUGCUGCGACUGCGGCUGCGCGACUUCUUAUCUCUGCUGCUGCUGCGACUUUGAGACUUGGCGGUUUUCUUCUCUCUGCUUUUACUGCGAGACUUUGCCUUCUUUUUUUCGCUAACUUUGCUGCGACUACGAGACUUUUUGUUCUCUCUACUUUUACUGCGACUUUGAGACCUGGCCUUCUUCUUGUCUUUACUUUUCCCAUGGGAUUUGUCUCGUUUACGAUCUUUGCUUUUGCUGCGACUUUGUGAUUUAUGCUUUUUCUUCUCCUUAUGUUUGCUGUGCUUCUCCUUAUCCACCGAUUCCUUCUCCUUGCUUUGGGAUCGCCGGGACCGUUUCUUAUCUCUUUUACCCUCCUCUGCGUUCUCUUGCUUCGAGCUGGAGGUCCGUCGCUCACGUCUUUCUGGCUGAGCAGCCUCUUCCUUGUCCUCGCUCAUGUCCCCCCUGUGGAGGAAACCACAGCCCAGAUCACACCACGGCACCACCACCAGGAGUGCGAUCACCCGACAUACAAGAGAAGACGGGGUCAUCAGUG